AUGUCCGUUAUCGGUGUGGACUUUGGUAACGUUGACUGUGUCAUUGGUCAGGCGAAACGUGGUGGCAUUGACAUUAUCUUGAAUGAAAAUUCGAAUCGUAAAAAUCCGAAUAUGGUCUGUGUCCAAGGCAAACAGCGCUUCAUUGGUGAGGCAGCCAUUAGUAUGGCACGUAUGCACUAUAAGAAUACGGCUACGGACAUUAAACGUUUAAUUGGGUGUAAAUUUAAUCACCCAGAGGUCCAGCAGGAGAUUGCACAGCUUGCGUAUCAAUGUAUCGAGCUUGCAAGUGGUGACGUGGGAAUUGUACUCAAUUACAACGACGAGCCCGUGACAUUUUCGUGUGAACAAGUUGUUGCUAUGAUUCUCAACAAGAUGCAGAGCAUUGCAGCUGCUGCUAAUGAGGGUGUAAACCCCGCUUACUGUGUACUCUCAUGCCCUGGCUACUACACUGACGUGCAACGUCGUGCUCUGCUUAAUGCCACGAAAAUCGCGGGUCUCAACUGCCUGCGUCUCAUUAAUGAGCAUACGGCCAUUGCCCUAGCCUAUGGCAUCUACAAAUCGGCUCGUAACCUCUUUCACGAGACAGAUCCUCAGCACGUCAUGUUUAUUGAUUUGGGCCACGCGAGCUACACGGUCUCAAUUGUCGCCUUUGUACAAGGCCGUCUCACAGUUAAAUCGGUCGCUUUUGACCGUUUUCUCGGUGGACGUGACUUUGAUUUGGUCAUUGCCAAGGACGCAGCUGCCAAGUUUGCUGAAAAAUACAAGACAAACCCGCUUGACAACCCCAAGUCACGCAUUAAAUUGCUUUCGGCUUGCGAGAAGGCCAAGAAAAACCUUAGUCCGUAUGGCGUCUCGGCUACGCACCUUAACAUUGAGUGUCUCGCGGAUGACCGUGACUACAAUGCGCAGGUGACGCUUGAGGAGUUUGAGGGACUUAUUGCUCCGCUUUUGGAGCGUCUGGAUGGACCCCUUGAGCGCGCUCUUGCUGACGCCGGUGUAGAGAAGUCGCAGCUAACGAAUGUAGAGAUUGUCGGUGGUGGCACCCGUGUGACCAGUGUAAAGCGCCACAUUGCCGAGGUUUUGGGUCUGGACAAGGAACAGCAGAAUUAUGGUCUCAGUACGACUUUGAACGCUGACGAGUCAGUGGCCCGCGGUUGUGCCCUAAACUGUGCUAUCCUAUCGCCCAUGUUUAAAGUGAAGGAGUUCAGCGUCACGGAUCGUGUGCACUUCCCCGUGCGUGUGUCGUGGGACGGCAGCGCCUUAGCUGCUACGGACACCGCUGACGACGAUGAGGACGUAAACAUGGAGGUCCCCGCUUCAGACGACAGCGCACUGGUGAUCUUUACUCGCAAGGACGAAUACCCAAAGACAAAACGCAUAACAUUCCGCCGCGACAAGCCGUUCUCUAUCGAUGCGCUUUACGAUGAGUCAGCCAAGCCCUUCCUGCCACCUGACUAUGUGAUGGACAUCGGCAAGUACACGAUCUCGGGUAUGCCUGCCCAGGAGGCUGGAGCCGAGAUCGCCAAGAUCCGCGUAAACGUGCAGCAAGACAUGAACGGUCUGUUCUCGGUGGCGUCUUCGCAGCUGAUGCAGGAAAUUAAGGAAGAGAAGUGUGUUGAGGCUGAGAACGACGAGAAAAAGGAGGGCGAGGACAAGAAGGAAGACAAGCCCGCUGAGCCCAAGAAGAAGCGUUUCCGCAAGAUCGAGCUUACCGUGGACUCGCAAAUUAGUGGUUUGUCGGCUGCUGACGUGUUCUCUGCCACUGAGCAGGAGCUGAAGAUGGCGCAGCAGGACCGUGUGAUUGAAGAAACGUUCAACAAGCGCAACGAGCUGGAAAGCUUCGUGUACGAGAUGCGCAACCAGAUUACAGACAAGCUGGCUAGCUUCAUCACUAGUGAUGAAAAGAGCAACCUUGAAACAAAGCUGGUGGAGACGGAGGACUGGCUUUACACGGACGAAGGCUUCGACAGCACUAAGUCAGUGUACCAGCAAAAGCUGGAUGAUUUGCGCAAGCUAACCUCGCCAGUGGAGUUUCGUCUAACGGAGAGCACGGAACGUGCCGUUGCUCAGGCUGAGCUAACGACUUUGCUGGAGGAGUACAAGCGCAUGGUCAACUCGGGUGACGACGCGUACUCGCACUGGACCGAGGAUGAGAAGACGAAGCUCCGCCAGACAUGCGUUGAUGCCGAAGCGUGGUUAUUCGACGGCCUUACGAAGCAGGCGGAGCUGGAUUCGACGAAAGCUCCGGUGCUCACGUCGGUUUCCAUCCGUAGCAAGAUCGCGGCCGUGCGCGUGGUGGCUCUUCCGAUCACAACCAAGCCGAAACCGCAACCGAAGGUGGAGACGCCUAUCACUUCUGAGCCAACUGAAGCCACACCUGCUGACGAGAAGGACGAGGCCGAAAAGAUGGACCUGGAUUAA